AGUCUGAAGCUUUCUGAGGCUUUUAUUUCAUAAAGCGGACAUGACACCGGAAGCUGAUCUGUAACACGGAAGUCUUUCAGAGACGCACACAGGCGCCAUAUUGGAUUGGACGGAGCGUUAACACGGAAGGAGGACUGUUGUGGUGCUUCCAGCCAAACCGCGUCCCGUUUAAAGUGCUGCUUUGGACUCAACAUGCGCCACGACGCGGCGGAAGCAGCAGGCUGAGUUCGGGAGAACACCGGGGAGACAUGGAGGCGAGGUUCGGCAGCGAAGUGGCGUCCAUCGUGGAAGUCGCUAUCCAGGCGACCGUGUCCGUCUUCAGGGAUGUCUGGGCGAAAGAGGCGCCAAGCGCGGAGUGGGAGGAGGCGAAGUUCGGCGAAAUCCAGGAGAUAGAGAAGUGCCUGGUGGUCCAGAUCCACAAGGUGUUCACGGAGUUCUCCUCGGAGCUGUUCGAGGAGAACGAGGCGCUGCGGGCCAAAGUGGAGCAGCUGGAGGACGUGCUGCAGCGGAAAGCCGGCCAGCUGGAGCAGGAGCUGGAGGCCAGAGUGGGUCAGCUGGGCCGGGACAUGGAGCAGCUGGAGAAGGAGCUGAAGACCAUCAGCGAGGGCGGCAGCAAGACGGCAGGAGGUCCGGGACGAGGCCCGCAGCAGGACGGCUCCGUGACAGAUGUAGAAGAAGCAGCAGUUUCAGCCUCCACCAAUCAGGCUGCCCCACAGGAGAAGGACUCCCCCCUGAACACGUCAUCAGUGUCAGCAGGAGCCACUGAAGUCGUUCCCGGCUCCGUCGCUGCGCCUGAGACCGUCUCCAAACCCGCAGCGGCUCCGAUGGUGUUCGUCGGCAGCGUCAGCCCCGCUCCCACGGUGCUGCUGGUGGACGCCGGUCAGGUCGUCACACAGCCGCCUCCCGCAGCGUCGACCACCGUUUCUGAAAUGACGCAAACGGCGCCGUUCAUCCUCAAACCGGCAGCCUCGCCGGGUUACACGCCGCAGGACGUCCCCAGUCCGGACUCCAGCACCGUCAGCGGCCUCGACUCGACGCAAGAAAAGAACUCUGUGGAAGAGGGACCCUCCGGGAGAACAAGGCGGGCGAGAAGGGCGGCUGAAAAAACGGAGAGAGUUCCCGCUGACAGCAACACUCAAGAGAAGAAGGUCAAGCUGGAGGACCAGGUCAGAAGGCUGAGAAGAAAAGAUUCACAGACAGCGAAGCGCUUCUUCUGCGAGCAGUGCGACGUCGGUUUUCACUGGAAAGGCGAACUGAAGAAGCACAUGAAGGUCCACAAGAAGCCUUUUCCCUGUGAGCAGUGCGGCCGAAGUUUCCUCGAGAAGAAGUCUCUGGAAAACCACCUUUCACGUCACGAGGCGACCAAAGCGCCGCUGCCCUUCCCCUGUCCUCAGUGUAAGAGGUCGUACAGGAAGGAGGAGUCGUUUCAGAAUCACCUCAAGCGCCACGAUCGGAUGAAACCGCCGAAGCCUUUCGGCUGCGAUCAGUGCGGGAAGACGUUCAGGAUUAAGCGGUCUCUGGAAAACCACCUGUUACGCCACGAGAAACGGAAGCAGAUGUUGAAGUGCCCGCAUUGUGACAAGACCUGCAAGACGUCGGUGCAGCUCAAGUGUCACAUGGCCGUGCACUCGGAGGAAAGACCCUUCAGCUGUGCAACGUGCGGGAAGGACUUCAAGAGCAAAGACACGCUUCGCUUCCACCAGAUGGUUCACUCGAGCACCAAAAAGUACAAAUGCCCCUUGUGUGACGAGACCUUCAAGUACGCCCACUCGCUGACGGUGCACAAGAGGAAGCACACGGGCGACACGCCGUUCAUCUGCACCGUGUGCAACAGGUCGUACCGGACCGGCACUGCCCUCAAAAGACACAGCGUCGUCCACACAGGCGAGAAGCCGUUCACCUGUCACAUCUGCGGCGCGAGGUUCAGCCUGAACAACAACCUCAAAAGGCAUCUUCGCAUCCACACAGGAGAGAAGCCGUUCACCUGCCAGGAGUGCGGCAAGAGCUUCUCGGACAACAACAAGCUCAAGUCCCACAUGCUCAUCCACGGCGCCAGGAAGCCCUUCAUGUGCGACCUGUGCGGGAAGACGUUCCUCUUCAACUGCAGGCUGCUCGUACAUCAGAAGUACGUGCACGCCGACAGGAGCGAGGAGUCGGACGGCACGCAAAACUUGUUCCAGACUCGACGGCAGAACAAGUCGCUGGUUAAACCGUUCAGCUGCAAAAUCUGUCUGAGAGGCUUCAGCGCCGCCUGCUCCCUCAAGCUUCACGAGCGAGGCCACAGCGAGCACAAGGAGUUCAACUGCACCAUAUGUGGCAAGUCUUUCCACAACAAAUACUCCUUCAGCUACCACCAGCGCAGCCACUCGGGGGAGAAGCCGUUCGUCUGCGACGUGUGCGGCAAGAGGUUCUUCCACGCAGCCAGCCUGAAGCAGCACGAGCGCAUCCACACCGGGGAGAAACCGUACAAAUGCGACCAGUGCGGCAAAGCCUUCAGGACGGACGGAAACUUCUACAGACACUUGAGGAUCCACACGGGGGAGAAACCGUUUGAGUGCGUGUACUGUCACAGGAAGUUCCACCAGUCGAACCAGCUCAAGUCGCACUUGCAGGUCCACACCGGCCUGAAGCUGUACUCGUGCCAGCAGUGUGGCCGAGGCUUCUCCGACUCCAGGCAGCUCAAGAAGCACAGCUCUGUUGAUUUAGGAUUUAAAAUGUCAGCAAACUUGGUGUUUUAUUUAGAAACGAAGUCCAUCAUGGACAUAGUUAUUGAAACCGCCGUCGAUGUUGGUGGAAAUCCGAAGGAGGAAGCUGCUAGAAAGGAGAAACAAAAGCCAGAGUUUGUGGAAAUGCUGGUGCGAGAGGCAGCGAGGAAGAUCAGCACGGUCUUCUCCCAGCUGUCGUCGCUGCUGCAGGCUGAAAACGGGACGCUGAAGGCCCGGGUGAAGCAGCUGGAGGCCGAGCUGAAGGCUGUGACCGAGCGGUUCGACAACGCCAGGCUGUGGAGGGAGAACGUGCUGAGCGGCUGCCCGGUUCUGUUCGAGCAGAGCGGCCUGAUCUUCACCCUCAAGCCUUUUGGGAAGCUGAAAAGAAAGACGGAUAAAGAAGAAGAAGAAGGAGUCAAACAGUCAUCUCCUGCCGCUGCCGCUGCUCCAGUGGAGGGUGGACGACAUGCAGUAAUGUCUCGUACUGAAGGUGGAGAGGCGGCGAAGGAGGUGACUUCAUCAGCAUCCACUGGACAAGAGGAUUGCGUCACAACCAACGCAGCUGAAGCCACACAGGAAGCAGCGGUCAAGAAGAAAGGGAAGCUGUUCGUAUGCGACGUCUGCAGCAAGAGCUUCAACCGGCAGUUCCACCUGAUGAAGCACAUGAACACGCACAAGGAGCAGCGGCCGUUCGCCUGCGAGCAGUGCCCCAGAAGAUUCAGGAACACGGCGACGUUCGAGUACCACCUGCUGCGACACGAGGAGAAGAAGCACGCCGCCUUCGGCUGCCAGCUCUGCGAGAAGACCUUCAAAACCAGGAUGCACCUGAAGACCCACCAGCUGGUUCACACGGACACGCGACCGUUCGUCUGCUCGUCCUGCGGGAAAGGCUUCAAAACCAAACACAACCUGCAGGCUCACCAGGUGGUGCACGCGGUGGAGAAGCCGCACAAGUGCUCCGAGUGCGGCGAGGGCUUCAGGUACGCCUUCACGCUGCAGUGCCAUCGAAGCGUCCACACGGGCGAGCAUCCGUACAAAUGCACGGUUUGUGGCAAGGCCUUCGUGAAGAGGCGAUCGCUCAGGACGCACCAGUCGGUCCACAGAGGGAAGAUGUUCACAUGCGAGACGUGCGGGGCGGGUUUCACCCUGCAGCACAACCUGAAGAGACACAUUCGCAUCCACACCGGGGAGAAACCGUUCAAGUGCAAAGUGUGCGGGAAGAGUUUCAUCCAGGACAACAAGCUGAAGGCGCACAUGCUUCUUCACGGAGCGUCGAAGGCGUUCAUGUGCGACCUGUGCGGGAAGACUUUUCUCUACAACUGCCAGCUGAAGAAACACCAGAAGGUAACCCACGAUGAGCGACACGGGCAGGUCGCGAGGAGGCGAACCCGAGAGCGAGGCAACCGCAGAGUCAUCUACCGACGGGACAGAACGACGGUCAACGUGACGCCGUUCAGCUGCAGGACCUGCCACAAGGGCUUCGACACCGCGAGCUCGCUGAAGAGGCACGAGCUGAUCCACACGGGGAGCGUGCGACACAGCUGCGACACGUGCGGCAAGUCUUUCUUCUACAAAGCCACCUACGAUUACCACCUGCGGAUCCACUCGGGGGAAAGGCCGUUCGGUUGCGACGUGUGCGGGAAGCGCUUCAUCAUCCUCCAGGCCCUGAAGUCCCACAAGCUGCAGCACUCUGGAGAGAAACCGCAUAAGUGCGAGCAGUGCGGCAAAGCCUUCAGGAUCUACACAAACUACCAGAGACACCUCCGGAUCCACACGGGAGAGAAGCCCUACGAGUGCGAGGUGUGCGGCGUGAGGUUCAGGCAGCUCGGACACGUCAAGUUUCACAUGCAGGUCCACACGGGGGAGAGACCGUACUCCUGUAGCAGCUGUGGACUCGGGUUUUCAGACUCAAGGCUGCUCAAAAGACACAACUGUAGUGGGAAGUACCAGAAAGUAUUAGCAAACACACUCAGCGGUUUAGUUUUUAUUUCAUCGCUGUUGAACCGCAGAAGAGAGCCGCCCGGAGCCGCCGUCAUGUCGGAGCUGGAGGCGCAGGUCUGCUCCAUCCUGGAGAUCAUGGUCAACGCCACCGUGUCGGAAAUGAGCAAAGUUCUGGGCGGCUGCGGUCCAACUCGUCCACAAGUGUCCACAUGUGCGCCGGAAAACACGCACGGCUCCUCGGAGGAGAAGGUGAUCCAGUUCAGCGUCUUCAUGACGUCUCUGGCUCAGGAGGCCGUGGAGCAGAUCUGCCAACUUUGCCACGAAUAUUCCUCGAUGCUGCAGCUGGAGGUGACGCAGGGCGUAGCUGAGAUGAAGGACCUGAGGAGGAGGCUGGAGGAGGCCGAGUCGGAGCUGAAGCUGGUGCUGGACGGCAGCGGAGGCCGGAAGGAGGCCGAGGAGCUGACGGAGGGAGGCGGCAGGGAGAAGGAGGCCAGGAGGGAAGGAGACGCCGUGGAGGGCAGCCAGCGGUCGGGAAGGAAGAGCCGCAGAGUCGUGUCCGGUGGUGACGGUGGAGUCAAGAGGUCGCCUAUAAUUCAUCUGUGGAAAGGCCGAACUUAUGAGGACAGCAUCCAGCCAGUUAUAAUAAAGGAGGAAGGACUGGAGGGUCUAGCCGACCAGGCGUCUUCUGAUUCUGGUCCGUACAGAGACGAGCCCGGCCAGGACGACGACGACGACCCAGACUACCAGUUGGAGCUGGAGGAUCCGGACGACGGCGACCCGGGCUACGCCACCAGGUCCAAACGCGUCGUAAAGCUCAAGUCCCACCGAGUCCGAGCGAAGAAGGACGGUCAGGGUCAGAGGGAGCCGCUGAGCUGCAAAUACUGCAGGAAGACCUUCAGCAAGCUGCUGCAGCUCAAAGCGCACCAGGCCGUCCACGAGGCCAACGCAGAGAAACCCUUCAGCUGCUCCCAGUGCGGUCGAGGCUUUUCCUUCCAGAGAAGCCUCAACGCUCACAUGUUGCUUCACACAGGUGAGAGACCCCACACCUGUGACGUGUGUGGGAAAGGCUUCACCCUGAAGCAGCUGCUGAGGAACCACCAGCGUCUCCACGCCGACGUGCGGCCGUUUCGCUGCGAGCAGUGCGGCAAGAGCUUCUACCGAGCGCACGGCCUGAAGAUGCACCAGAUGGUCCACACCGGCGAGCGGGCCUACAACUGCCAGUACUGCAACAAAAGCUUCACCAUCCAAGGCAACCUGCAGCGCCACCUGCGCAUCCACACGGGCGAGAAGCCGUUCAGGUGCGAGACGUGCGGCAAAAGCUUCAACCAGGCCGACACUCUCAAAGGCCACCAGCGGAUCCACACCGGCGAGCGGCCCUUCAGCUGCGAGACCUGCGGCAAGUGCUUCAUCCAGAAGAGCGCCCUGAAGAUGCACCAGAAGACGUCCCACCUGGACGACAAGUCUCUGGCCUGCGUGGCGUGCGGCGCCACGGUGGCCUGCGUGGACUCGCUGCGCAAACACAUCCAGACGCACGCGGCCACGAUCCCGUGCACGUGCGUGCUCUGCAGCCGGCGGCUCAACUCCAUCACCGAGCUGCGGUCGCACCAGCAGCACCACACGGUGGACCGACCGCACAGCUGCGGCAUCUGCGGGAAGAGCUUCAAGUCGUCCAGCUACCUGAAGAUCCACCUGAAGACGCACAGCGGCGAGCGGCCGUUCUCCUGCGACAUCUGCGGUCGCAUGUUUACCCAGCACAGCAGCCUUAAGUCACAUCAG